GAAAAACUAUGACUAAUUUUAGAUCAACUGUGAAUUUAGUUUUGCAAAAAUUAAACAUUCUGUUAACAUUAUUCUAUUCAAUAUUCCAACAAGCGUAUCAUGUAGCUUAUAAAAAACUUGAAAAUCAUGUAUUACAGCAUCCUGCACGUUCUUUAUUUAAAGCUGUACAAAUUUUCGAUUCACAAUUUUUAACUUUAACAGCUGCUAAUUGA